GGGUGAACGCGGGGCGACCCACAGAGCAGGUUGGGUGGCACCGUGUUGAGCAGGGCGGAUUAGGACGUGCCAGGGCAGCCAAUGAGCUCCACAAUAGCGGCUUGCAGACCCUCCUAGGGUGGCUCCUCAGAUCGGAGCUACCCGCCCUUCCAUGCUAAGUUAUCCAGUUGGACCACCGACCCUAGGCCGCGCCACAGUACUUAGCAGUGGGUUUCCCGAUUAAGAGGAGGGCUUGAUUUACAAGGCUCCAAAGGAAUGAGGCGGGUGGACGCUGGUGAGCUAUGUUCUGAGCAAGGGUAUAGGGCCAGUGAUCGCGUUGGCAAAAACAGGGCAUACACCUAUUCCCUCACCUGGGUCAGGUGUGCGCCCGCUGGGCGGGUCCCGUCGGGGAGGCGGACCAAGGAGAGCGCCUUCCUCUUCCUGAACUGGAGUGAGGAGCUUGGGCACGGAGCGGAGCGGCCGGCACCAUGAAUAAUCCGAUACCUUCUAAUCUGAAAUCAGAAGCAAAGAAGGCUGCCAAAAUAUUAAGAGAAUUCACAGAAAUAACGUCUAGAAAUGGACCUGAUAAGAUCAUUCCUGCCCAUGUGAUUGCAAAAGCAAAGGGUCUUGCAGUUUUGUCUGUGAUUAAAGCCGGGUUUCUGGUCACAGCCAGGGGAGGCAGCGGGAUUGUCCUGGCACGUCUUCCAGAUGGAAAAUGGUCUGCACCUUCAGCCAUUGGGAUAGCUGGGCUUGGUGGAGGAUUUGAAAUAGGAAUAGAGGUAUCAGAUUUGGUGAUAAUUCUGAAUUAUGACAGAGCAGUAGAAGCCUUCGCAAAGGGUGGAAACCUGACCCUUGGAGGGAAUUUUACUGUAGCAGUUGGGCCCUUAGGCAGGAACCUGGAAGGCAACGUGUCCCUGAGGAGCUCUGCAGCCGUCUUCACAUACUGCAAAUCCAGGGGCCUCUUUGCUGGUAUUUCCCUAGAAGGAAGCUGUUUGAUUGAAAGGAAAGAAACCAAUCGGAAAUUUUACUGUCAGGACAUUCGUGCUUAUGACAUUUUAUUUGGAGAUGUUCCACAGCCCGCUCAAGCUGAAGACCUUUAUGAAAUUCUUAAUUCCUUCACUGAAAAGUAUGAAACUGAAGGGCAGCGCAUCAAUUUGAGGAAAGUCGCACGGGAGCAGAGGAAGGCCAAAGAAUUACCUCCAAAACCAUCAUCAAGGCCACAGCAAACCCGCCCACCUGUGGAGCUGAAUGCUGGCUCCCAGGGUAAUAGAAAUGAAUAUAAGCUAUAUCCUGAGCUUUCUAGCUAUCAUGAGAAAACUGGCAGUUUGAAUCAGCCAAUAGAAGUGACAGCAUUAUACUCUUUUGAAGGACAACAGCCAGGGGACUUGAAUUUUCAAGCAGGAGACAGAAUCAUAGUCAUAUCAAAGACUGACUCAAAUUUUGAUUGGUGGGAAGGAAAACUUCGAGGUCAAACUGGAAUUUUUCCAGCCAACUAUGUAACUAUGAAUUAAAGUUCAUACUAUUUUGCUAUUUGAUAAUUACACAAAAAUAUUUCUACACCGACAGGAUUCACUAUUUACUUCAAACUGUUUAAACACACCCUUGAUCUGCAAAUGUUUUUAUCCAGUUGUAAAAUAUUUUCUCUGCAUAUAAAUAAAUGGUUAAAUUAA